GCGAGACGUCGUCUUACUCGUGUUGAUCGAACUAUCGCGAAGAUUUGUGGUAUUCAGCGGGUUGGCCUAUGCGAAAAGGUGUGCUCCAUGGCGGUGGCGGUGUCUGCGACUCUGAUUUGAACUGUAAAAGAUCUCCGUAAUUAUUAUCCUCUCUCAAGUAACGUGCAGCAGGACACCCCAACGGAGAGCAGGUGCUAGAGCGUAUCUCUUGACUGUACUAUAUUUCCAAAGCCAAUGGCAGCACUAUUUGGGUUCAAACCUCCUUAAGGAGGGCAGUGCAGCACUCUGGAGUUCAUAUGAACAAAGGGCGUCCAGACUCUGACGAUGGAGAAUGGACAGAGCACCGGCUCGAAACUCGGCCUGCCGCCUCUCACUCCCGAGCAACAGGAGGCGCUGCAGAAGGCGAAAAAGUAUGCCAUGGAGCAGAGUAUAAAGAGUGUCAUGGUCAAACAGACCAUUGCCCAACAACAACAAACAAUAAACAACAUUCAGAUGGCCUCGAUGUCCAUGGGCUUUGGGGAUCAACUUUCACCAUUGCAGUCGGUGGCAGCACAGCGGCAGCGGGCCCUGGCCAUCAUGUGUCGAGUCUAUGUGGGCUCCAUCUACUACGAGCUGGGUGAAGACACCGUCCGGCAAGCCUUCGCGCCAUUUGGUCCCAUCAAGAGCAUCGACAUGUCGUGGGACUCUGUUACAUUGAAACACAAGGGUUUUGCAUUUGUGGAGUAUGAAAUGCCUGAGGCAGCGCAGUUGUCCUUGGAACAAAUGAACUCAGUCUUGCUUGGUGGCAGAAACAUUAAAGUUGGACGGCCAAGCAAUAUUGGUCAGGCGCAGCCGAUAAUUGACCAGCUAGCAGAAGAGGCGCGGGCCUUCAACAGAAUCUACGUGGCCUCUGUCCACCCCGACCUGUCAGACGACGACAUCAAAAGUGUCUUUGAGGCCUUCGGAAAAAUCAAAUCAUGUCAAUUAGCACGGGAUCCCACAACAGGGAAACACAAAGGUUAUGGGUUCAUAGAAUACGACAAGCCACAGUCGUCGGCAGAUGCUGUGACCUCUAUGAACUUGUUUGACCUUGGCGGCCAGUACCUGCGGGUGGGCAAGGCGGUGACGCCGCCCAUGCCGCUUAUGACCAAUCAGCAGCCAGGCGGCCUUCCCCCAGCGGCUGCUGUAGCGGCUGCAGCCGCAACCGCCAAAAUUACCGCCCAGAUGGCAUGGAAUCUGUCCCACCCGGAGAAUCGGACAGAAGACUUCCUACACUGCCUGGAAGCUGUGGCGGGAGCUCAGAUCCUGGGGGCGAUGAGUGGCGCGGCCACAGGCAUCGCCCUGCCGCAAGCAGUCAUGGCUGCGCAAGCUCCGGGAGUCAUCACAGCGGGCCAAAUGUUUGCAGUGCCCGGGCUGGAUGUGGCCCACGGGCCGCCAUUUGGAGACCACUGCUAUAAGGGGGUGACACCGGCACGGCCGGCCAUGCCGGGCGUCCCCCAGGUAGGCCUGGUGAACCCGGUGCUGUCCUCGCCGCCCGGCCCUGGUACGGUGGUGGCGGCGGCCGCUGCAGCAGCAGCAGCUGCAGCAGCAGCAGCACAAGAGGUCCAGGAGGAGGAGGAGGCGUCCCUGGACGGCACGGCCCAGGAGAUGCUGAGUGAGCAGGAGCACAUGAGCAUCUCUGGCAGCAGCGCCCGACACAUGGUCAUGCAGAAACUACUCCGGAAACAAGAGUCUACGGUCAUGGUGCUUCGGAACAUGGUGGGCCCGGAAGACAUCGACGACGACCUCGAGGGAGAGGUCACGGAGGAGUGUGGGAAGUUUGGCAACGUGAACAGAGUCAUCAUUUACCAGGAGAAGCAGGGCGAAGAGGAGGACGCAGAGGUCAUUGUCAAGAUUUUCGUGGAGUUCUCUGAAGCGGCAGAGAUGACCAAGGCCAUCUCGUCGCUCAACAACCGCUGGUUUGGAGGUCGCAAAGUAAUCGCAGAGGUUUACGACCAAGAACGUUUUGACAACAGCGAUCUCUCUGCAUAGACUGUGCGAGCCUGCCCUUCCUUCGACAGGCCCUCGCCCCUCCUCUGCUAAAUCAGUGCGGCUAUCUGGGCACUGCUCUGCCAGCAGUGCUGACUUUGACUUUUUAACUUGUAAUUAUUUUAUAUCAAUGUUCAUAUUAAUGUAAUUAAUGAUCCAAACAUGAAAGCUGACAAGAGUUGUUUCACGGGACUUCUGUUAUAGCUUUUAGAUGGCAAGGAACAAUAAAGUCUUCAAAUAUGAA